UUCGUAAACUCAUAACUAACUUAUAAAAUAGUUUGUUGAUUUACCGUUAAACCCGGUUAAAUCUUCGCGCUCUACAGUUAAACCUAUCUCACGACGCGACACUUCUGCUGCAUCCAGGAGCACAACCACUCAGUGAGCGGCUAAGUAAGUAGCAAUUACGUGUGAUUGGUUGGAUCCAAAGAUAAGAACCAAUCACAUUUUAUUGCUACUUAGCAGCUCAAUGCACCCUUUGGAAUUUGCAAAUUGGUAACCCUGCGUUAUUUCGAAUUCGGAGCAUUCCGGCCGGAGUUUCGAGAAUUUCGGAGUUUGACCAACGGUCACUUGCUCACUGGUCUAUUCGCAUUCGAUAAACGCUUUGCCUUAACAAUGCCAAUUUUUUUAGAUAGUAUCGUGAUUUCCAACUUCAAGUCGUUCUCGGGAACAACAACGAUCGGCCCUCUCCGAUCAUUUACAGCAAUAAUCGGUCCAAAUGGAUCCGGAAAAUCAAAUAUUAUGGACGCCAUAAGUUUUGCAUUAGGGGAGGAGCCGAGCUCUUUGCGUGUUAAAAACCUCAGUAAACUUAUUUAUGAAGGAUCAGUGAAUGUUAGCACUUAUGUAAACGUGAUCUUCAAGCUAGACGAAACGAAAAAGAGUUUCACAAGGAAGAUAAGCGGCGAAGUCAGUCAGUACAACAUAGAUGACAAGACUGUUACGAAUGUAUUUUAUUUGAAUGAACUACGAGAAAUGGGUUUGGACAUAAAGGCAGGGAACUUUUUGAUACCUCAGGGUUACAUUGAAUGUUUUGCAAUGAAAAUGCCAAAAGAUCUAACCGCGAUGUUCGAACAGACUAGUAAUUCAAUUACGUACAAAGCAGAAUAUGAUAGAUUAAAAUUAGAACUUUUGAAAGCGGAAGAAGCAGUAAAUUUUGAACAUCAAAGAAAAAAACAGAUAUUAAUUCAAAAGAAAUGCGCCGCUGAAGAAAAAGCAGAAACAGAAACAUAUUUAUGGUUGAAAAAACAAUAUAAUAAGAAAAAAUUAAAAUUUCAAUUAAUUCGAUUGCUCCUCAUUAAGAAGGAAGCUGAAUCCUUACAAGAUAAGGAAAAAGAAGUCAAAUCGCGAAUAGAUGAGUAUUUACGCGAUAAGGAAACUGCGAUACAUUUACUAAAACGUAAACAAUCACAAUUUAAGUCAUUAUUCAGUUCUCUCGAAACUAUUGAACAAGGUAUUUCGGAAAUGGAGAAGAUUAUUCGCCCGAAGAAGUUGGAAUAUGUUGUUUUUGAGGAUAACAUCUCACAUUGGCAGAAAAAACGUGAUUGUGCUCGCGUAUCUUUAGACAGUGCAAGUAAAGCGCGUGAUACUAACAAGAGAAUAAUUGAAGAAUUAAAAGAUGAGCUAAAACAAAUAGACAACAAAUUAGCGGAGUUAAGAAAAGCGUCACAGACGAGCACUAUAGAACUCAGCAACUCUCAGGUUAAACGUUACCUGGAAUUGACGAACGAAACUGAAUACCGGACAACGAAAUUAGUAAAGCAAAUAAAUAGCCUGAUGCGCGAUCAACAAAAGGAUCAGGAUAAACUUGAUAACGAAAAUAGGCGCAAGCAAGAUUUGGAGUACAAAGUAAAGCAGACAAGAUUAACGAAGGAGAAUUUUGAAACGCGGCUCAAAAAAUUGCAAAGUGUCGAACCUAAAGUAACGUUAAUGGAAAAGACAGCAGAGAAAUUAAAGCAGAAAAAAACUGAUGCAAUGAAUAAAUCGUUCAGUCUGGAGAACGAUAUUGCAAAGAUUUCAGAGAAGCUUUCCCAGAUUGAUAUCGAUAAGAAUACUAUUUCGCGACAGAUUAAAAAAAAAGAAACAAUCCAACAGUUGAAACAGUUAUACUCUGAUGGCGUGUAUGGUCGCUUAUCUGAUUUUUGUAAGCCUAUUCAUCCACGUUAUAAUGUUGCGGUAACUAAAAUUUUCAAUAAAAAUAUGGAUGCCAUCGUCGUUGAUACCAGACGUACAGCAAUGCAAUGCAUUGAAUUUUUAAAAAAGAAACAAAUAGGCAUUGAAACAUUUUUACCGCUUGAUUCAAUAAAAACGACAUUGUUAAAAGAACACUUACGUAAUAUAAAAGAGCCGAAAAAUGUUAAAUUAUUAUAUGACGUGUUGAACAUUUCAUCAACACAAAUAAGCAAAGCGGUUUUAUUUGUCACUCAGAAUACUUUAGUUUGCGAGACUAUUGAAGAUGCGAGACUAAUAGCGCAAUCUGAUGAUAAAAAGAAAAAAGGAAAUGAUUGUGUUUCAUUGGAUGGAUGUUUUUAUCGUAAAGAUGGUACAAUGUCCGGUGGGCAGGUUGAUUUAAUUAUAAAAGCAAAACAAUGGGAGGACCAACAAGUAUUGGCAUUGAAAGAACAAAAGGCACAAUUAAUGAAAGAAUUCAGAGAUUUGCCCAAAAUCUCUCUUAUCCAAUCUGAACUUGAUGAAAUUAAUGUAACAAUGGAAGAACUCAAGCGCCAAAAUAAAUACAUUGAGAAAGAUAUAAAAGACACUGAAGACGAAAUCGUUCGGCUAAAUGAAGAAUUAGACAGGCUUGAUAGAGAAAUAAUUGAAUUAAAUAUGGCAAUAUCUGAAAUUGAAGACAAUAUUAAAAAACGAGUUGAAAAAACUAAAAGCAUGGAGAAACAGGUUAAUGCAAUUAAAGAUAAAAUCUUUGUUGAUUUUUGUAAAAAUAUUAAUGUGCCGGAUAUUGACUACUAUGAGAAGAAUAAUUUGCGACUGUAUCAAAAGCAGAAAAAGAGACAAAUGGAACUUGAACAACAAUAUGAUCGUAUCAAGAAUCAAUUGCACUUUGAAAACGAGAAUGAUACAGAAAGUAAAGUAUUAAAAUGGAAAAGCGCUGUAGAACAAGCUGAUGCAGAACUGAAAAAGGCAUAUCAGCAAGAACGUGAUGCAAAGAUUAAAAUUGAGCGAGAAGAAACGGAAAUGUCGAAGUUAAAAGAUGAUUACACAAACAAAAUAAAGGAUUUAGAAAAUACGGAAAAAAAAUUGGCUCAGUACAGGUCGCGAGUUAACGUUAUCGGAAAUUUAUAUUUGGAGAGUCAGAAGGAGCUCAUUGGUGUACAAAAAAAAAUAGAACAGAAAAAAAUAGAAUGCAACACUAUAAUUAAUGAAUGCAAGAUAGAAGACUUUAUUAUUCCAAUGUCAGAGACAUCACAUCCACAUCGUACGCCAGAAGAUAGCUUUUUUACAACUAGCUCAAGUUCAAACGUGGAAUCGUCAGAUGGUUGUAAAGUGUUAAGAAAAAUUGAUUUCUCGCGAUUUCCUGAAAACAUCCGUAAUUAUACAGAAGAAAAUUUACACGACAUGGCUACACGACUUAAUGAAAAGCUUACAAAGAUUCAAAAUGAAUUUAAAGAUAUGAAUCCCAAUCUUAAGGUUGAUGAAAAGAUAAGUUUGAUAGCGCAGCAAAUACAAGAGAUAAAUACGAACUUCCAAACCUGCCGUAAUAAGUGUGAUAAAAUACAAAAUCAAUUUAAGUCAGUGAAGGCAAAAAGAUGCAAACAGUUUGAAGAUUGCCUGGAUUUUGUUGCUAUGGAAAUAGAUUCUAUACUCAAAAGUUUAGUUAAUGAUACGUCGGCUCAAGCAACUAUCUUAGCAGAUAACCCCGAGGAACCGUACGCGGGCAAUAUAAUUUACAACUGCAUAGCGCCAUCUAAAUACUUUCAGCCAUUGCAAUAUUUGUCUGGUGGAGAGAAAUCACUCGCUAGUUUAGCAUUACUAUUUGCAUUUCAACGUUACAAGCAAAUACCGUUUCUCCUUAUGGACGAAGGUGAUGCGGCAUUAGACAAGGCGAAUAUCAAGAAUGUCAUUCGCUUUAUUCAAUCCCAAAUAAACACUAUGCAAAUCAUCACGAUAUCCUUACAUAAGGUAUUAUAUUCUAAUGCCGAUCUGCUUCUAGGGGUUACUACUGAACCUAACUGCAUAAGAAAUCGCAGCAAAGUAUUUGCCAUUUUUUUAAGUAAAUAUCAAAAAACGAAAGAUAUGCAGGAACCGUAAUACAAUAACGCGAACAAUCUUAAAUGAUUUCAAAUACCACUAUUAUCAGAG